GUUGGGGUGCUGAAAUAAAUGGUUGUAUUAUUAUUGAUAUUAAUAAAUAGGUUGAAAUAGACUAAGGCUUCUGUAUUCAAAUAUACAGGCAUUAUUUUGAUAGUAUGUGGUUGAGGAGCGGAUAAUAUGAAGUAAACUUGUGUACUCACCUUUAGACCUGUUGUUGCAUAAGAAAAGAUGCACAAAUAUAUUGAUUGUUCUAGUGGAUAGGAAGGAAUUUUUAAAGGUUGAGCAGAGUUAAUGAAUAUUCUUAAUCACUAAUAUUCGAAAUAUAUUUUAUUUCUAGCAUAUUCGAACUAUAAAUGCCUCUACAAGCGGCCGCCUACACCUGCACCGUUCGCCUACCCGGCAGCUCCGGGGCGUCGACCCGUAAAAUAAAUAAAAAGCUACACGACGCCCGACGUCGUCGUGCUCACUGUAACCACAUCCGAAAUAAAACCAGCGCAUCAUCCGCGUCGACAGGACUCGUUUGCAUCUCCAAUCCACUGGAAAAGAGGUGAAUUGACUCAUUACCACCUGUAAUUGCGUGCCAAGAACACAAUUGCAGCUGCAGCGCACUCGGCAGCCAAGUUGCCACCGUUGCUUAUUCUCUCAGUCUCAACUCUCACCUCACUUCACUCAUCCCUUAUCAUCAGAACCUCGACCCUAAACAACACACAAUGGACUCAGACCCUGUAUUUCAGUCCACAGAUGGCCCCCAGCUUAACCUGUUUGGCAAAAUAGUCCAACAGUUUGCCAGCUAUGGACAAAACGCCUCCAACAACGUCUCCAACGCCAUUUCCAACCUGUCCCCGGAAGGUUGGCUGCGCCUCAUCGCCAUUGCCGGUGGCUACAUGCUGAUGCGUCCCUACUUGAUGAAAUGGGCCGGCAAGAGAGCUGUGGAGAACAUGGAGGAGCGUGAUGAACAGGAACAGGCGGCGGAGAUGUCCGCCAAUGAGUUCCGUGGUAUCAAGCAGCAGCUUGACGAGCACGACUACGAGCAGACGGAUGAGAAUGACUGGGGCCAAAAGGCCAGAGUCCGCCAAAGAAAGAUCCUCAAGUCCAUGCUUGAAGAGCAGGAGCGCAAGCUUCAGGAAGAUGCCGAAGACGACGAGGACAUUAAGGAGUUCCUCAUUGAUUAAAAAGCUACGAUGGCAGGGCUUGCGGAGUUUUUCUAGCGUUUUUCCCUUGGCGAAAUGGAUUAGACAGGAUAGGAUGUAUGCAAACAGCACAAAAAGGGGGGCAUUGGGACGAAGUCGGAGCAAAUACGUGUACUAGUAGUAUUUUAUAUACCCGGAAUAUGAUGCCGUGUGAAAUGGCGAAAUGCGUAUCGUGUCGUUGUUAUGCACCAUCGUGGAGUUUGUAGUGGGCAGUGCCAGUGGUGCAUUGGCUUGGCCAUGCACGCCAGUGAACAACGCAUUGUAUUGGAGACUGUGAUGGACAAGAAAAAUGGACAUGAGGAAAUAAGAGUAAAAUGGACGUAAUUCGGAGAAACCCUUUGCCAAGGAAAAGCAACAAGAGCCGAGUCCUUAGCCGCUUAUGUC